GACACUGGUAUUUUCGGCAAAUCCAAAUUAUCAACGACAUUCUCUCUCUCUCUCUCUCUCUCUUCCCUGGUUAUCUUAACGCGCUUUCGAUUUCUUCUCCAAUUCGGAGGUAAGAUUUUUUUUCUCCCGAAGUCGGAAAGCUCCGAUCCGCUGUGUCAAUCCAGCGCGAUCCCGGGUUUUCUAGGGCUUUAAUUUGACCCGAAAUUCGAUUCUUUUGGUUGGUAAUUUGUGUUGGCUCAAUUCGGUUAGGUUCCUUUUUUUCUGUGCAAUCGGCAAUGAGCGACCACCUAGUUUUGUACGUUGACCGUCUCCUUCGGCCCAUGGCAGCGCAGCCGCCUUCCCAGCCUGCUGCUGAGGCCGGUUAUGUGCCCGAGCCGGCUGGACCGGAGCCGGAGCGGGAUGCUGCCGGGCCGUCUUCGAGUUCGUCGGCGGAGGAGGACGAACAGCUGAUUCAGACGGCGGAGUGCCGCAUUUGCCAGGAUGAGGAUAGCAUUAGCAAUUUGGAAUCUCCUUGCGCCUGCUGUGGCAGCCUCAAGUAUGCUCAUAGAAAAUGCGUUCAGCAUUGGUGCAAUGAGAAAGGAGAUAUAACUUGUGAAAUUUGUCAUCAGCCUUACCAACCUGGCUAUACCGCACCUCCUCGUCCGCCAUCUGAUGAAACUACUAUUGAAUUUGGUGGUGCCUGGACACUUUCUGGCACUCCCUUGAGUUUGGAUGAUCCACGCAUUUUGUCAAUUGCAGAGGCAGAACGUCAGUUUAUGGAUACUGAGUAUGAUGAUUAUUCUUCAACUAGUAGUGGAGCUCCAUUCUUCCGUUCAGCGGCCUUAAUUUUAAUGGGCCUUCUAAUCUUGCGGCAUGCAAUGAGAGUCUCAGAUUCUGACUCCGACUCUGGGGAUGACUCAUCUGCUAUUUUCUCUCUUUUCUUGCUUAGAGCGGCUGGCUUUCUUUUGCCCUGCUAUAUUAUGGCUUGGGCCAUCAGUAUCUUGCAGCGUCGACAGCAAAGACAGGAGGCCGCAGCAAUGGCAGCAACCCAAGUUGCUUUUGUUCUUCAAUCCGGGCAACAUAGGGGUGUACAAUUUGCGGUAGCGCCAGGACCCAAUGGAAGUCCACAUCAAGAAACUGCCUAAUUCAUGGAGCCAAGAAAACACCAGAGGGUUUUCCGUGCCAUGGUGAGGGUGAUUCAGCGGGAAAGUAGUGACAAUAAAUGAAAACGUUUACGUUUGUUGGAAAAUAUAAUUGGAACAAACAAAAAGUGCAAAACAAUAGAGAACAGAGAAGGCCUACAGCAGUGAGAGUUCUGUAUAAUUGCUUGUUGAAAAGGCUAUGUCGUGCAAGUCUUGGUUCGUUCCAUCUUCGGUUGUCCUGUAUUUCAUGUAUAUGUACGUUAAUUUCGUCCAACCAGAGAAAACUGUUGAUUUGGUUCUCCAACUUGUUGGGUAGCUCGAAGCAGUUGGUUGUUCGACUUGAAUAUCUUUCCUGAGCUGUAUAUUGUUAUAUUGUUUUUGGUUGUCACUU